AUGCAAAAGCCCGUUCUUAUAUCUGGCGCCGGACUGGCCUCUCUUCUGCUCGCGCGCUCUUUGCUGCAGUCGAAUAUUCCCUUUCAAGUCUUUGAGCGCGACGCCUCUCUCGCUUUCCGCGGUCAGGGCUACCGCCUGCGUCUUUCUUCCCAGGGUCUUGACGCGAUUGAAUCCGUCCUUGAACCCGCGGCAUUUCAGCGGUUUUAUGACCAAUGCGGGAAAACAGCGGGCAAGGGGGUCGUGACCCUUGACGCUGUCACAGGCAAGAUGCUAGAGCAUAUGCCAGAGGCACUGGGCUCGCGGGGUGGGAAGAUUGUGGGUAUUUCGCGGGGCGAUAUGCGAAGACUAUUUCUGGAAGGGUUUGAAGACCGCAUCCAAUUCAAUAAAUACGUUACCGGCUACGAAUUGACGGAUGAUGGCGUCCGAGCUGUUUUUGCUGACGGGACAAAGUCUGUCGAAGGAGCCCUGCUCGUGGCGGGUGAUGGUAUCAAGUCGCUCGUUGCGAAGCAGGUGUCUGGCGGUCGUCUCAAGGUCUACGAUACCGGCGCACGGGGGAUACAUGGACAAGCAUCGACCACCGCAUUCAAAAGUCUAGGCGAAGGUGUGUUCCGGCUUCUCGACGAGUCGACGCCUGGACGUCAGAUCUCCAUCAUCACAAACGUUCGCCCGGGCGACAUGGACGAUCCCGAUAUUCAGUUUGGAUGGACUCUGGGUGCUGUGCCAGGCGUUAUCGAGGUGCCCAAUAACGACUACUCGAUUGUUGGCAAGACAGCGGCUGACAUUGCUAAAUCGUUGACGAGUGGCUGGCACCCUCAUUUCAAGCCUUUGAUUGAUAAUAUAAAUGAGUCGGAAGCGGCGUUUUGGAAGAUCACUUGUUCAACGCCCACCGGCGUGCCAGAAUGGCCUAAUGAGCCUCGCGUGACAGUAAUUGGAGAUGCAGCGCAUGCCAUGACGCCGGCUGGUGGCAAUGGUGCUAACACGGCCGUCAGGGAUUCGGCUUUACUGGGGCGAUUGCUGCGCGAGGCUGGUGGAUACAAUAACGGCGUGACAGCGGCAUAUGAGAAGGAGAUGAGAGUCUACGCGAGUGAAGAAGUACGGGCAAGCUAUGGCAUAGCAACGAAGAUCUUCAAUGCCGAAAUCAAUGAGUCGACCCCAAGCGUUUAG